ACCUCCGUCUCUCUCUAUGCACAUAUAUAUUUGCUAAUAAAUAAACAAAACUAUAUAUAUAUAUUUAUUUGCUAUCUCUGCUCUUCUGGGUUUCUCUUUAAAUUCUUUUUUGUUAUUAUUAGUAAAUUAUUAAAUAAAUUAAAAAUUCCUUUUCCGUCGCGUUCUUUUCCGUCCCUCUCAGGAGAGGGCGAGGGUUUCUGUUAAGGGGGUCGACGAGAUUUCGAUCCAGGAACGGCGGAGGACCGACGCCAGCGAUUGGGGGUUGUUUCGUUGAUUGAUGGCGGUUUUGGGGAAUUGAAGAGUUCGAGUUGGCGAUUGGAUGUACUGGAUUCGGUUGAUGCGAAGUUGGCGCUGAUCGAUUGAGUUCCAGGGGUCUUCGUGGUUUUGAAGAGAAUGGGGAACCGGUGAGGGAAACCUCUGCUAUAAUGUGGAGAGAUUCCUAUCGGCCGUGGCGAUUCAAAUUGUUGUUUCUUCCAUGGGCGGGCUCGUAUUCUCACAGGAGGGUGAUCGAUUUUGACGUGGUUCUUCGAGCAUCGCUGAAUUCAAUUUUCACGAUUCUCCUUCUCAGAUAAGUGUAUUGAAGUGCGGGGCUUGGUCCAGUUUUCGAAUCUUCUGGUUCAAGUAGAAGCUACAUGCAAUUUUUUCUGAGGUCUGAAAAGAUGUUCUCCUCCGGGAUGGCGGAUUCAAUGCCUGAAACCAGUGGAGUGGGAACCGUGUCGUCGGUUCCUAUGCGGUUUGUGUGGCGGUACGGUGGCAGGCGAGUCUACCUCACGGGUUCUUUCACGAGGUGGUCUGACCAUAUAUUGAUGUCUCCGAUGGAGGGGUGCCCUACAGUUUUUCAGGUUGUUUGCAGUGUCCUUCCCGGCUAUCAUCAGUACAAAUUUUAUGUUGAUGGGCAAUGGCGUCAUGAUGAAAAUGAACCAUGCAUCAGUGGGGACUAUGGAAUAGUGAACACUAUCAUGAUUACAAGGGAGCCAGAGCCGUCGGUUAAUACAUUCUCAGGUCCAGAUACACCUGGGUCCAGAACAAACAUGGAAGUAGACAAUGAAAAUUUUGAUCAUGUGGAAACAAUGCCAAGGAUAACAGAGGAUGAAAUAACUGCGUCACGCCAUAGAAUAUCUGUGUUCCUAUCUACCCAUACUGCAUAUGAGUUGCUGCCUGAGUCAGGCAAGGUGAUAGCUUUGGAUGUUAACCUCCCCGUGAAACAGGCAUUUCAUAUCCUUUAUGAGCAGGGAAUUCCAGGAGCUCCUCUCUGGGACUCCUAUAGAGGUCAGUUUGUUGGGAUGCUGAGCCCAUUAGACUUCAUUUUGAUUUUAAGAGAGCUUGGAAAUCAUGGGUCUAUACUAACAGAGGAAGAGUUGGAAACUCAUACAAUUUCUGCUUGGAAGGAAGAGAAGAUGCAUCUCCAUAGACAAACAGUUCGAAGACCACUUGUUCAUGCUGGUCCUUGUGAUUCCUUGAAGGAUGUGGCUUUAAAAAUUUUACAGAAGAAAGUAGCUACAAUUCCUAUCGUUCAUUCUUCCUCGCAAGAUGGAUCUUUUCCACAGAUACUACAUAUUGCAUCCCUUUCUGGAAUUCUAAAAUGUAUAUGCAGGCACUUCCGACAUUCAUCUAGUUCACUGCCAAUUUUACAGCAACCUAUUUGCACCUUGGGAUUCGGCACAUGGGCUCCAACUAUUGAUGGAUCACAUGAACAUCAUUUAGCUACACUAAAGCCAAGCGCAUCACUAAGUUCAGCACUCUCUCUGUUACUCCAAGCUGAAGUUAGUUCAAUACCAAUAGUUGACGAUAACAAUUCUCUUGUUGAUAUAUACUCUAGAAGUGAUAUCACAGCUUUGGCAAAAGACAGAGCUUACGUGCAAAUUCAUCUUGAUGAAAUGAGUAUUCAUCAGGCACUUCAAUUAGGUCAGGAUAUGAAUUCUCCAUAUGGCUUCUAUAGCGGGCAGAGAUGUCAAAUGUGUUUGCGGACUGACCCCCUUCAUAAAGUCAUGGAGCGCUUAGCUCAUCCAGGGGUUCGACGGGUAGUCAUUGUUGAGGCUGGUAGCAAGCGUGUUGAGGGCAUUGUAUCAUUGAGUGAUGUGUUCAACUUCUUGCUUGGCUAGGAUUGGUUUCUCAACCAUGUGGCUGGAUAGUAUAACUGAUGCCCUUGCAAGUGCAGGGACGAGAGAGCAAAAAGGGGAAAAAAGGGAAAAAUGUUCCUUGCUUCUGCUCUUAUGGCAGCUUAAUUCUAUGAUUAAUUAUGGAUCUUAACAUUUUCUUUGAUUGGAUGGCCCUGGUUUUAGAGCUUUGUUUCUUGUUUCACAGGCUCAACCUGAGGUCUGUAAAUGAGGGAGUUGGCAUUUCCUUUUCUUAAUUAUUCAUGCAUUUUCAUGCUAAUGCCUUCCAUAUUUUAUGAUUUUGUAUACUGAUAAGACUCCAUAUCAUGUCACCAUGAAAUUAAUGAAUUUUCGCAUUCUUAGUUUA